GUGCAUGCCUUGCAGCGUCCAUUCCUUUGUCGACUCGCUAGCCAUGAGCACUGCCGGCAGAUAGGCAGAGCCCCAACCUCAAACUUCCACCUUGACCGCCUCUAGCGACACCUAUCUCGACCUCGACUCAACACCAUGGCAACGACACAGCUUGGCGCGAACAGCAACGCCUCGAAAUCCUUCCUCUAUCCACACGCAGGACCGUCACCGCCAGAACAAUUCUUGUAUGCGCAGACCAAUCCAAUGGCAUCGCAAGCAACCACUCCACCCUCGAAUAACAUCUCGCCUACCAAUUACCAUACCAAUGCGAACCCUCCUCAGCUAAGACGAGCCCGUGGACCGAUGUAUGUACCGGCUGCGCUGCGCCCACACGAUCGCACACGUCCCACCGAUAUCCCUGGCCGACCGCGCGCCCCAGAUACGCCUCCUGCAAGCAAUGAAAGUAGCUACGACAUAGCAAAAGCAGGCUCGCCAGCCGGUAUUGAGUAUACCGGCUUCCAAUUUGGCCAGCGCGAGGACGUAGAGUCCAUGCGACUGGGCUGGAGUCGCGCUGCAAGCGAGACGCUUUCGCUAGAAGAAAUGGGUGAAGUCACAGGCACACCCACCACUGCGCACUGGAAACCAGAUGAGUCGGCAACAUCAUGCUUCGUCUGCAAGCAGUCCUUCACCUGGUUCUUCCGGAGACAUCACUGCCGGCGUUGUGGAAACCUCGUCUGUGAUUAUCACAUCAAAUACAACAUCCCUCUCGACCAGAAUGCUCGCAUUCACCCCAACGGCUUCUUGAGCAAGUCGUGCAAUACCUGCUUUGAUGAUUGGAAGAUCAUCAAGAAGCUGCACCACUCUCGCGCGAGCUCCAUUGCUGAUUCCUCGGGCAGCUCCCACGGUACAGCCAUGCCUAUUCCAAGAACCCAGCAGCCACAAGAAGACAUGCGCAUCGGCAGCAUGGCACGUUCUGAGGGCGGCAUGGUGUGGUCCACCUUCUGAGAUCUCUUUUUUCCUCGACGGCACAUCUGGAAUCCUCAACCGUCGAGAGAAAUUCCUUUUUCACGCGACAUGACACCAGCACGGAGUUUACGGCCGAUAUAAUUCAUUACCUUGUAACGAAUAUGGGAGGCCAACAACUGCGUUCAAGCGAUCUGCUUCUACACCAAUAACCUUUGAACUUUUUGGCUUGUUUAGCGUUUGAGCGGUCUUUGUGAUACCCAGGGCAUGCACAAUAGAUCGCAGGCUUAUAUGGAAUACCCGGCGUUGAUGAAUUUUGGUUUUGACGGCAGAUCAACGUUGGGAAGCAUUGACUGCUUGUAUUUGUACGAAUAGACUGGUGGAAGAGUCUGGUCAGAUACUGUGACUACCACUACUGAAGAUACAUAAUAUUUCGCAGACACAACUGGCAUGUCGUACCAAC